GGAGCAGCGCGCGCAUUAUUUCCCGCAGCCCAGCGGCGCGCGCUUAGCCUUAACGCUUAGAGCAAAAGGGGAGGAGCCAUCGCCUUCAAUGUUGCGGGGGCGGAGCGCGUCAGCACCGAGUUUCGGUGCGGCUGCGCGGCGAUCGAGCGGCGGAUUCGAACGCUCCCGGGGCCAGGAAGGGGCGGUUGGACCCGCGCGUGAAUUGCGCCCCUCCCCCCCCCCGCGGUGGCGGGCAGGAUGAAGCGAGCGGCGCCCCGCAGCACCCUACGGAACCUGAUAAAGAGACACAAGCCCCAGCUUCGUCUGGCGGCCAACGCCGACCUGCUGGUGCAUUUGAACUUCUUACUGUUUCUCCAUCGAUUAGCAGAAGAAGCCAGGGCAAAUGCUUUCGAGAACAAGAGUAAAACAAUUAAAUCUGAACAUGCCAUGGCGGCAGCAAAGGCAAGGGAGGCACUGAGUGGAGUGUGGGAGAGGAACACUUAAGGGUUAUCUUAAAGAAGAGCAGAGGCUAGGAAAUCAAGAAGUACUCUCUCUAAUCCUGCUUGCUUUACCCAGUGUAGAGAUCCUCAGUUGGUAUAAAUAAGCAUAAUUUCAUUUGUCAGUUUACCAUUGAGGAAUUGGGCUCAUGGUUUUUAAGAAACAUUCAUGUUUAUAUGUGAGAUGCAUUCCUUUAUACAUGAGUCUCUUACCAAAGCACGAGGCAAACACUUGUGAAAGUAGGGGUUUUUUUUGGUUUUUUUUCAUAAUGUAAGUUUUCGGCUGCAUCUUCAACUAAAGUACUGGGAAAAGCCUAUAGCAUUUCCCUUCCAUGUGUUUACUGUAGUCAUAUUCCUAAUUAGAAAGUGUUUCUUCUUAUAUUAAUCAUUCUAAGUGAGACUUAUUAAUAAGGAGUUUACUCUGCAUGUCAGUUUAGUUCUUCUUGUUAUACAGACACAAUGUUGGCUUCUUAAAGAAGACUGACAGUCUGACAAUGUUGCAUCAAAUAUCUUGGUUUCAGAUUGUUUAUAAAGGUCUCGUUUCACAGCCUUAAUUAGUGAAAUACUUGUGCUGGUCUCUAAAAUUUACUUGAAUAAACAUUCUAUAUUUUUUGGGACUGGUAAUGGGAUAUAGAAGCUUUAUUUUUAGAUGGUGCCCUAACUUCUCCCAAAAUUGCUCCAUUGACUAUCCCGUGGUUUAUGUCAAAUAAGCUGAUGUUCCUAAUUCAGGUCCUUGUGGACAGGUGCACUUCAUAAAAAUAACCACUACAACUGAUAUCAAUUGCUAUGCUUGAAAUUAGACCUAGAAGAGACAUCAAGGAUCAGCUAGGCAUGGAUACUAUGCUGCUCUCUGCGCCCUUCUUUUCUCUGGGUUGAGUCUCAGUGGUGUGUGGAUAUGUUGUAUGUAUUUUACGUAUAUAGUGCUUCAAUUUCAAGUGUCUGGAAUCCUUAUGAAACUCUGCUUUUUAAAAUGUAGACUUGUAUCUUAUUCUUUCAUGUGAUAACACUUUGUUCUUUUGUGUUACUUUGAGAUUUAUGUAACAUUAGUUAACAGUGCUUCAUGUAUGCAUAUCAGUUAAUUAUUUUUCAUUGAACAGAAAAAAA